UCAUUGAUGUAGAUCUCCCACCCAAAAUUCCCUAGGAACGGAUCCAGAGAGGUGGCAAAGAGAAAACAUGCUAAAAAUAGCAAGAGUAAUAAGAAGACUCUUGGUAUUUUCAAAUGUACAGGAAAACCAUCUCCGAUGAGAAAGAUUUCUGACCAAAAUAAGAAAAGCUUCAACUUUAGAGGAGCUAAGUCUUAUGAUCCAGCUGGACUUGUGGAUGUUAAAAGCAAGAAAGCAGUCGAUAGCCACCGAGUUAAAUAUUCUCAGAAAAAUUUUGGUAACUCUCCAAAAAGUAGCAACAAAAAUGGAGCCAACCUAAAUGUAAAUAUCGUUAGGGUCAAGAAGUCAAGUCUGGGUAAAUAAAACUAUUCCAAUAAACCCGACCAGACUAAAGUCUGAAAGAGCCAAGUCCAUCUGUAAAGUCAGUGGGAACUUCAGCAAAUAAAAGAUUUCUUGAAAAUUCACUCAAUGAAAAUUAUGAACUUAGAGAUGCUCAUUCUGGUCCAGACAAACCUAGAAAUAGCCAACCUCAUUUUCGUUCUUACAAAAGUAUUCGAUUUGACUCCAGACAAAGCAUUGCUGGAAGUGAAUACAAGCACUCUAAGUAUUCUAAACAUUCGAAAGAAGAGUCUAAAGUGCCUCGACUUCGUAAAAACUUUUCGAAGCCCGUUCCGAUACAAGAGUCUGUCAAUGAGUCUGACAACAAACACAAGCAAGUGUCAAGUGGAUACAUGCAAGAGGACACUCCAGCGAGAGUUGUGCCAGUGUCGAUUUAUUGUGAGAAUGCAAUGCUGAUUCACUGCAACCAUGGCAAAGUAGAGUUUGGCAAGAACACACUGCACAAGAAUGCUGACAAGAAUGCUGACAAGAAUGCUGACAAGAAUGCUGAAAAGAAUGCUGACAAGAAUGUUAACAGCAUCAGUCACUUACAUCAGAACAUUGGAGGAUCCCCUCAGAAUCCUGCCAACAGCCACUGCUGCACCUCCAAGAUCAGAAUCGUUGAACCAAUUCCGAAAGUGGAUCAAGCCGAGAUCAGAGAGUUCAUUGAGCGCAAUAAUCAGCGCGAGCAAGAUUCUGGAGAUCAAAGAUUCAAAGAUUGAUGAUAUACUCAAGGAUGAUCCACCCAGUGCACAAUCUUUUAAGCUCAGUUGUUUGAAGCAUGGUGGACUUUUAUCAUUAGUCAUGAGGUUGUUUCAAUGUUUAAAUUUAGUGACAACAUUCAAUUUCAACCUUCGCUUCUAG